AUGUACUAUACUAAUAGAGAUGUUUUGGGAUCUGUAAAGCCUCCAGUAGUAGCUCCUAUAGCUGAAGGUUCACGGGGCAAUGAUGGUAAACUAAAAAUUGAUCGGAAGAAAAUGGAUACACGGAAAUUAUUAUUUGAAUGUCCACCUACGCCGGGAUGUACAUGGUGGUGGGACGCGCAUUGUUACUAUAAAGAAAUUAGUCCGACUCCUCCACCUUGUCCUCCGUUUGCUCCUCCUUCUCCAUCUACAGCUUCGCCUUGUGGCUCGCAGCCAGCACCGCCGCUACCAUGCAAGUCAGAGCAGAGUGAGGACCCAUGUGCUCAAACUCCAGUUUGCCAGCUCCCACCGUGCGAAAAACCCCCGCCGCCACCACCAUGUUGUGACCCCUGUGACCCCAAACAUAAGAAGUAA